AUGUAUUGCUUGGCUGUUGUUGGUAAUGGCAAAGGCAUGAUUGGCUUUGGUGAGGGUAAACAUGCAGAGCAAGGGACAGCGACACGCAAAGCAGUAACGCAGGCAGUGAAGAACAUGGAAUUCGUGCAUCGCUACCAGGAUCGCACCAUCUACGGCGACGUGGACUACAAAUUCCACGCUGUACAGCUCAGACUUCGCUCACGGCCUGCAGGAUUUGGUAUUCGAGCCAACCACUUCAUCUACGAAAUUUGUCGUUGUGCAGGCAUCACCGACCUCUCAGCAAAGGUCUGGGGCAGCCGCACAGGCAUGAACGUGGUCAAGGGCGUCUUCGAGGCGCUCAAGGAACAAAGACUACCGAGCACCAUUGCACAAGCGCGAGGUCGGCGUAUUGUUGAUGUGGAAUCUGCCUACUACAGCAGGCAGGCAUAG